AUGGUUUGGCAGCUGAACCCGGCUUCGGAUUCCCACCGGAAGCUCAGUGCCGCUCCUCGUGGUUCAGAACCACAGACGCCGGAUCAUGCAAGCUCGGCUGCGGCACGCCCCUCAGCGAGCUCGAGGGGAUUUCCAGCUCGUUUCCCCGGGAAGAGAGACGAAUUGGGCGGAUUCCUGCGGAGCAUCGCGCAUUGGAGCGCCAAAGGGGGCAAUUUUGGCUCACUCGCCGAGUUCAUCAGGCUUCUUCUGGGGAUGUGUGGGAUGGAGGUGGCGGAUCUCCACGACAGUCCCCUCAAGGAGGAAAGUGCUCCGGUCGUGAGUCCUUCGGAGCGCACAGCUAUGUUCCAGGAUUCUCUGAGGUUCUCUCCGUCCCAAGGUGCUUCAGAGCGCGUGACUCAGUUCCAAGGUUCUCCCAGGUGCGCGGCUCAGUUCCCAGGUUCUUCAGGGUACGUGGCUCCAUCCCAGAGCUUCCAUGAGCAAGUGGCUCCGUUCCAGGGCAUCCAAGAGCACGUGGCUCCCUUCCAGGGCAUCCAAGAGCACGCAGCUCUGUUUUUUGUUCCGCCGAGGGCGCCGCUCAGCCUCAGAGUUCCGCCGAGGGCGCCGCUCAGCCUCAUAGUUCCGCCGAGGGCGCCGCUCAGCCUCAGAGUCCCCAAAAGAGCUCAGCCCAGCCACAGAGUCCCCCGGAGCGCUCAAUUCAGUUCAAGGGCCGCGAGAAGGACGUCGAACCGCUGCCUCCGAGUUCACCACAAGUCGGCGGCUCACCCCCAGCGCUCACAAAAGGCUCGCCCCCACGUGCUCUUGGAUGCACUGGAAUGGAGCCACUUGCUCAUGGAAGCUCUGGGAUGGAGCCGUACAUUUCUGAUAACAUGCAAUACCACAUCUAAAAUUAUUACAGUAUAUUUAAUCAUUUUAUAUUUUUUUCAGAUCCACCACUGCUCAGAUUGUGGGAAGAGUUUUACUAAAAUUGCUGUUCUGAAAAGACACCAACGUAUCCACACAGGAGAGAAGCCGUAUCACUGUGAUCAGUGUGAGAAGAGUUUUACUCAACAGGGUCAUUUCAGAUUACACCAGCGUGUCCACACAGGAGUGAAGCUGUAUCACUGUGAACAGUGUGGGAAGAGUUUUACUCAACAGGGUACUCUUAAAUCACACCAGCGUAUCCACACAAGAGAGAAGCCUUAUCACUGUGAUCAGUGUGAGAAGAGUUUUACUCAACACGGUCAUCUCAAAUCACACCAGAGUAUCCACACAGGAGUGAAGCCGUAUUACUGUGAACAGUGUGGGAAGAGUUUUACUCAACAGGGUAAUCUCAAAUCACACAAGCGUGUCCACACAGGAGAGAAGCCGUAUCACUGUGAACAGUGUGGGAAAAGUUUUACUCACUCGAGUCAUUUCAAAUCACACCAGAGUAUCCACACAGGAGAGAAGCCAUAUCACUGUGAACAGUGUGGGAAGAGUUUUACUCAUCAGAGUAAUUUUAGAAUACACCAGCGUAUCCACACAGGAGUGAAGCCGUAUCACUGUGAACAGUGUGGGAAGAGUUUUACUCAACAGGAUCAUCUCAAAUCACACCAGCGUAUCCACACAGGAGAGAAGCCGUAUCACUGUGAACAGUGUGGGAAGAGUUUUACUCAUCUGAGUACUCUCAAAUUACACCAGAGUAUCCAUACAGGUGAGAAGCCGUAUCACUGUGAACAGUGUGGGAAGAGUUUUACUCACCUGAGUACUCUCAAAUCACACCAGCGUAUCCACACAGGAGAGAAGCCGUAUCCCUGUGAACAGUGUGGAAUGAGUUUUAGUGCUCGGCGUGCCCUCCUUAGCCACCAGCAGAGUCAUACCGGACAGAAGCUGCACCUCUGUGGACACUGUGGACGGAGCUAUGUUUAUCAAAGCUCAUUAAGGAAACACAAGUGCUCUAACAUACAACCAUAAACUCCUGAUGUUAAUCUGUAAAACAAAUCAUCUUAAAUUUCUUAUUUGAGGCUACCUGAGCAUCUCACCCAUAUGUGCUUUCUGAACAUUAUCUAAUGGAACGGCUUCCAAUCUAUUGUCCCUGAGCCCAGUGUUACUGAUUUACUGCAAACUUGAGCUUGAUCACACGGUUACACAGCAAGAUCAGGGAAUAGAUUUUUGUUGUAUAUAUCUGGACCUAUAAGAAUUAAAGUGCAGACAAAUCUCAAAAGUCUUUUUUUUUAUCUAAAAUGUUAAAUGUAUAAACCUUUAGGUAUUUUGCACCGACGUUCAUUUUUUGUGUUUCUCUAACUUUGAAUAAGUUUAUUAGUCAACUGUAAGGUUUGGUUGAGGAGUGGUAAUGGUAUGGGGCUGUACUUUGGGGUAAGACUCAGCCCUUGACUUAAAGUGUAGGGAAAUGUUCAUUACUUUAGCAUACCAAAUCAUUUUGGACAAUGCUAAUGCUUCUAAUAUUGUGGGAAUAGUUUGGAGACGGCCCUUUUUUAAUCCAGCAUGACCAUGCCACAGUGCACAAACUGAGGUUCGUAAAGAUGGUUGGAUGAGUUUGGUGUGGAAGAACUGAACUGGCCUGCACAGAGCUCUAAUCUUGACUUCACUGAACACCUUUGAGAUUAAUGUGAAUGUUAAAAGUUGAUUAUUCUAAAUAGACUGUAUGAGUCUCGGUGUCAUUAAAAACGUCUUGAGGAACAUUGUUUUGUGAUUAUUUCAUGAACAGUUCACUUAUUUUUCUUUUGCUAUUGUUUGUUAACUUAUAC